AUGCCUCAUUCUUGUAAUUUAAUAUCGAGAGAUGAAGUUACAGAGAAGAUAGAAGAUGUUAAAAAGAAAUCCAAAUUGACGAAAUGGUGGUUGAAAUUUCUAUUGAUAUCGGAAGACCAUCCCCUCGUUAGUACAUAUUUUAAAAGUAAAAAGGAAAUUCACAUGGAGAAAUUACGACAUAUCAGAUCGGGAUAUACGUACGUUAUUCAUCCUCUUAGCAAAUUUCGAUACAUAUAUGAAAUUUAUUUAUUAGUUUAUUAUAUACUUGUGGUAUAUAUAAAUCCUCUAGAUGUCGGCGUUACCUACGAAGAAAUCAAACCCAUACAUUUGAUGAUAUCUAGGAUUGCCGACGUGUUAACCAUGAUCGAUAUCAUAAUCACUUUUUUCUCCGGUUUUAUUGUAUCUAAAACCAAAACUAUCGAACUCAGACCGUUUAAAAUUGCUAAAAGAUACAUUGUAGGACCGUUUUUCAUUUUUGAUUUAAUGGGUUCGUCGAAAAUUAUCUUGUAUGCAAUAAUAAAAAAGCGACCUUCGAUAUUAACUGGAUUCAUAAAUAUAUGCUGUUUAUGUAGAUCAAUCAGGAUAUGGACGCUCAUGAAAUCAAUCAACAAAUUGUUCAUGUUUCUUCAUGUCAAAUCGAAGACAACGCUGUUUACUUUUUGCUCUGUUUUAUUGGUUAUUUUCACGAUGCAUUUCUUAGCGUGUUUUUUGGUGGGUAUAGAAAUAAUGCGAAAAUACAAUUUCGUUGCAUCAGAUUCACGAAAUAAUUCUAUAAAUACUAACAUAUACGACGUUUAUCCUGAUUUUACGUUUAGAAGUUCCGCUUACAUAUUUGGAAUUACCGUUCCGAAGGAAUAUCUAAAUGAGAUGGAUACAAUUGAGGAUUAUUUGUUUGUCAUUUUUACUUAUGUCAUAGGGAAAAUUUUGAUGAUUUCAACCUGGCUUAUAAUCGCUUUAAGUAUUCUAUCGACGAGAUCGACAAAUAUCAAAUUUCAAAAAGUCUUGAAAGAGGUUGAGGAAUACAUGAUUCAAAAAAAGCUACCGCCAAAUUUAAGGACGAAUAUCAUCAGUUAUUACAACUUUAAAUAUCAGGAAAGCUAUUUUAAAGAGGACUUGAUACAAUUCAUAUUACCGGAUAAUUUGCGGAAAGACAUAAAUCUAGGAAUCUGUAAAUAUUUGGUCAACAACGUUUCGAUUUUUGGGCACUUAAAGUACGAAGAAGUUAUCGAAAUAGUUGAAGUGCUAAUUCCAGAAAUAUUUCUACCGAAGGAUUAUAUUAUUCAAUAUGGAGAGAUUGGAGAAAGUAUGUAUUUCAUAGCUAGCGGCACUGUUGCUGUUUAUACGUAUUCUGGUAAGGAAAUAUGUCACUUAGAAGAUGGCGCUUAUUUCGGAGAAAUUUCUCUGGUAAUGAAAGAUCAGAAGCGAAUCGCCAAUAUACAUGCCAUUGAAACUUCCCAUAUUUAUAAACUGAGGAAAACGGAUUUUCAGAAGAUUUUUUCCAAACAUCAAAAAAUUUUUAAGAAGAUUACACGCGGCGCUGAAAAACGUUUAAAGCACAUCACGCGCGUUGAAGAACUUCACAGAAAAACUCUCUUCGAAAAGUCACGCAUCGAAUCGUUAACUUCCGCAUCAUCUCAAUCAACAUUUUAA